CCCAAUAACCAUCACUGAAUACUAAAAACCAAUUCAAUAAUACGCAAUUCUAUUGCCGAUUUCGAAAGUUCUUUAAAGUUAAAUUCUUGUUUGUUGUAUAAUAUAUAUAACAUUAAAUUUGCGUAAAUUUGCUUUGUUUUUUUUCUCCCUCUUUCUGUUUUUUUUUUCAGUAAUCAGUCUGACGUCAUAAUUUGAAGGAAAAAAAUGAAAAUAUCUGCUGCUUCCGCUGCUGCGCUCGCCAGCAACACAAACAGUAAUAAUUCCAACGCCGCAGCGAUCAUACCGAAAACGGAACCGGAACCAAUCCCUGCUGAAGACUCAAUGGAAUUUCAGACACCCAACACCAGCAUAAGUAGCAACUCAACGCCCAACAUCAGCAAACGUCCCGCAUUCCUGGACCUCAACAAGAAGAACAAACGUGCUGUGGCGCCUUUGCUAAUCGAUUCACCCGAUGUGCCCGGCAAGACACUGAACACACCCGAUCUGGAGAAAAUCCUGCUGUCGAGCACAAUGAUGCAAACACCACAGCCGGGCACCGUUUUCCCCUCGAAAGUAGGCGCUAUCACCUCCGAGCAGGAGGAUUUUGGCAGGGGUUUUGAGGUGGCGCUGCAGAAUCUGCACACCAGCAAAAAUAGCCAAGCGCUGCUGGGCAGUAAUGGCAACAAUGCUGCUGCUGUUGUUGUUGCUGCUGCUGCUGCUGCAGCUGUUCCUGCGAGCAAUCCGGCUGCAGUGGCAACCACCGCAAUGACGGCCGUUAAUAAUGGCAUCAGUGGCGGUUCCUUUACCUACACCAACGGUGAUGGUUAUCCCGUCAUCAAGGAUGAGCCGAAUAAUGUGCUCAGUUCGCCAACGGUUAGUCCCAUCGAUAUGGCCGAUCAGGAGAAGAUUAAACUGGAGCGCAAACGUCAACGGAAUCGUGUUGCCGCCUCCAAGUGUCGCAAACGCAAACUGGAACGCAUCUCAAAGCUUGAAGAUCGUGUCAAGUCCCUCAAGGGCGAAAACAGUGAUUUGGCCGGCAUUGUAAAGGGACUCAAAGAUCAUGUGGCGCAGUUAAAGCAACAGGUCAUAGAGCAUGUGGAGGCCGGAUGCAGUGUUCAGUCCAUUACCAAUGCCGCACUGAUGGCGGGCAAAUAA